AUGAGGAGGCUGCGGGGCAUCGCGGCAUCGGCGCGCGUGCAUCACUCGAGGAGCACCAGCCUCCAGGACCUGCCCGCGGUGGCUGCUCUUGGCGGUGAGGACCCCGCCGCCAGCGGGGAGGCGGGGCUAGCCGGCAACGGCCUCAUCUCCUCCUCCGAAUCUACCUCUUCGCCUCUGAAAGGAGGCGAAAACGGAACAUCGUCAUCUUUUCCCGGCCUCGAUGAAUCUAACAUCUUCGAGGAUGACGAAGAAGAGCAACACGCCCGCGAUCUAAUCCGCAGGUGGAAGGAGACGCGUUCGCACCUCAAGAUAGAGAAGAGCGAGCUGAUACGCAGCGUGCUCCUGCUUCUCAACGUGCUCGCCCAGAUCAUCCUCACCGUUGUUGCGCUGGAGUACGAGUGGGACGGAGUGAGGACGUUGAGAGACUCGCGCGUUGCUCUGGGCAUCCGUGUCGCCAUCUCUGUUCUCACGGGCUUACUCGUGAUUCAAAUGGUGGAGGACGACGCGUGGAAGAUAUGGAAGGACGCCAAGGACACGCGCAAGCGGGCCAAGCACGCCAAGCAGGAGCGCAGGAAGGGGCGAUUCGAAGUCGCCGUCGGCGAGGUCAGGCGCCAGUUUACCCACCGCCGCUUCUACAUGCCGAUUGGGGACGAGGGUGUCGACUAUUCCUUUCACACGCCGACCUGGAUGAUCCUCAUGGAAUACCUCCCCUUUCCCCCCGGAUUGGACGACGACCUGACAAAGCUGGCGGCCAUGCUGACCUUCCUCAAACUUUUCGUGACGAUGAGCGUUCUACGCCACUUCAACCCCAUCUAUCGUAACCGGCACCUCAUCAUACGCAUCCCCGGAUCGUCGCUGAUCGAGAUGCCGCGCUUUACGACGUGGUUCUCCACGCGAACGUUCUACCACCAGUACCCGCUCACCUUCUCCCUGUCCAACAUCAUCGCCGUCGUCGCAAUCACCGCCUACGGCAUGUACAUAUACGAACGUGAAGUGCAGCCUCACGUGUUCGACUUCAAGCUGUGCUUCGUGAUUGCGACGGAGAAUUUGAUCACGGGCUGGCCGGGCGACGUGUUCAGUCAGUACACGCUGGAGUCCGACGGCGGGAAGUCGUUCUCCGUUUUUGCGUCCCUGGGCGGUUUGUUCUUCUUCGCCCUUCUCAUCAACUUCCUCUACAUCAAGCUCAGCCCGAGCAGCAACGAUUCGCAUGUGGUGGACUGGAUAGCGCGGAUCAAGCUGGAGGACAAGGAACGGCACGAGGCGGCAAAGCUCAUCCAGUUGGUGUGGCGUCGUCGCCUCGAGCGAAAGAAGAAGGAGGAGGAGCGACUGAUCAACGGCGAUCACGGGCGCCACUACCACUUCAUCACCGUGCCCAGCGAGAAGGCCUACCAGGUCCGCUUCAGGCGACAGUGUCGCGAAAUGCGCCACGUCAGACGCGAGAAACAGAAGAAGCACAAGAAGUCGAAGAAGGAGAAGGAGAAGGUGAGCAAGGGACAGAAGAAGAAGAAGAAGCAGAGCGACGAUACGAGGCGCGCACUUCGCCACAGGCGAGACAGCUACAUCGCGGCUGUAGCCGGCCAGGCGGAGCAGGAACAGCGGAGAGGAGACGAAGAAGCGUUCGCGCUCCUCGAACAGCAGCACCAUCAGCAGCAGCUCGAGUGGGAGGCCCAGCGCGCGCGUCUCAGGAAAUACUACGCCAAGGCGGCCAAGAACCUCAACAAGCUCAUGGCCGAACUCGGUCGAUGA